AUUAGGAGGCAAGCGCGUGAACGCAGACAAUAUAUUUAUGCCAAAUCUCUCGAAGCGCAGGAACGGCAGACAUACGAGCGGAAACGCCAAAUAAAAGACGCCCUUGCGUCCGGAAAGCAGCUUCCUACAGAACUGAAAAACAAUGCCAAGACACUCGGAAAGGAUCUUGCGUUCGAUGAAGCCCAGCAAGAGCCGUCGACCCAUAUCGACAAUGAAUACUCCCGUGCGGGGAUGUAUGAUCCUAAGCUUGUAAUAACAACAUCAAGGGAUCCUAGUUCAAAGCUUCUUCAAUUUGCAAAGGAAAUGCGUCUCGUGUUUCCAAAUUCUCAUAGGAUCAACCGGGGAAAUUAUGUCGUCAAAGAACUAGUGGAUGCAUGUCGUGCCAACGACGUGACUGACCUCAUUAUUCUGCACGAACAUCGCGGUAUCCCUGAUGCUAUGAUCGUGUCUCAUUUCCCCCAUGGACCUACUGUGUAUUUUACAUUACACAACGUGGCUCUUCGACACGACGUUGAUUCGUACAAGUCAUCCACCGUCUCUGAGCAAUAUCCGCACUUGAUAUUUGAACAGUUCACCUCGAAACUGGGUGUACGCAUACGGGAUGUCCUAAAAUAUUUAUUUCCUGUGCCGAAAGAGGAUAGCAAACGCGUUAUGACAUUUGCGAACGAAGACGAUUUCAUCUCGUUCCGACAUCAUGUUUUCGUCAAGGUCGCCGGAGGCGUGGAACUCGCAGAAGUUGGUCCUCGCUUUGAAAUGAAACGUGAAUACGUCAAGGGCACUGUUGAGCAGAUGGAAGCUGAGCGAGAAUGGGUUCUUGCCCACUACUCUCGGACGGCAAAAAAGCGGACGACUUCUAUCAGGCGUAACCGAAGGAUAGGCCCAUGCUUCCCCAACUAG